AUGCCACACCACUGUCUGAGGCUAUUCUUAGGCUGUCACUUCAGCCCGUCCGAGCAGGCAGGUCCUCCUCUUUCUCCUCAGCUGCUGCGACUCGUUCUCCUCUUCGGUGACUCACACGUGGUCGUCUCUGUGUUUCGACAGAUCUCUCCAGGCAGCAAGGCGGCGCAGGGCAACCUGAUGCAGGGUGAUGUCAUCGUCGCCAUCGAUGGCGUCAGCACCGAGGGGAUGACUCACCUGGAGGCCCAGAACAAAAUCAAGAUGGCAAACUACAACCUGGCACUCACCAUGUCCAAGUCGAAGCGUCCGAUUCCGAUGGCGGCACCGAGAAUGGACGCCACGAUUCCCGGCGUCCCUCACCAGCAGGUUUUCCCCCCCGCCGCUCCACCUGCCGGCUUCAAUCCCAGCGUGCUGAUGGACACCGCCCUCUCCACCAGCAAGCCCAUUGAAGUAAAAGGCCCCGGCGGUAAGGCCACCAUCAUCCACGCCCAGUACAACACGCCCAUCAGUAUGUAUUCACAGGACUCCAUCAUGGACGCCAUCGCGGGACAAACACAGACCAAGGGCCACGACGCUGGUUCUGUCCCAGUCAUGGAGCGCCUCGUGGACAGCGCCUCGCUGGUCUAUCAGGCCGUCCAGAGCACGGAGAAGGACCCGGAGCUGAGCGAAUGGAGCCGCCGCAGCACCAACGUGCAGUCCAAGUCCUUCCGGGUCCUGGCCCACAUGACCGGCACCGAGUCCUCGCUCACUGAAGAGGAGGCGGCGGCUGUGAAGAGGAGCAGCCUGAAGAGACAGCCUGCCGCUGGUUUCGGCCUCCAGUACAGAGCUGCAGUCUCCAGCCAGUACGGUGCACCUCCUACCAUGCAGCCGGCGCCACAAGUUCCACACCCACAGCAGUACCAGCCAAUACCACAGCAAUACCAACAUGCACCUAUGCAGCAAGCUCCACAAGCUCUGCCCCCACAGCAGUAUCAACCAAUGCCACAGCAGUACCAACAACCACCCACACAGCAGGCUCCACCCACUCAACAGAGCUCAAUUCAGAUCCCUGUUGGCUCCGCCCCCUCCAAGGUAGUCAGUACUGCCUGCAUCUACCCUUCACAGCCAGCACCACCUAUGGCUCCAGCUGCAGUGCCACCGCAGCCCCGCCCUCCAGCUGCCGCCCCGCCCCCGCUUCUGGCUGCUCCACCAUCCGCCAACAGACCCCCGUGGGUGACCGACUCAAACUUCGCUGAUAAGUUCGACCCCGGCAAGACCACCUCCAGCACCAUCAAGGUGCAGCCACUGCCCCAGGCCGCCCCUCCCCCACCAGCGUACAUCCCUAACCCCUCCCCUGCUGGGCAUGCAGCUCCCAGCCCCGCCCCCAUCACCCCCAGCCCUGGCCCCAUGACCUCUAGCCCCGCCCCCUUUCCACCUGUGGCCAGAGGCGUGGCCCAAAGAGCGGAGAGGUUUGCAGCCAGCAGUCGCACGCCUCUAUGCGGGGCCUGCAACAGCGUCAUCAGGGGUCCAUUCCUGGUGGCCCUUGGCCGGUCCUGGCACCCCGAGGAGUUUAACUGUCACUACUGCCACAUGUCUCUGGCCGACGUCAGCUUCGUGGAGGAACAGAACAACGUGUACUGUGAGAACUGCUACGAGGAGUUUUUCGCCCCGACCUGCGCUCGCUGCAACACCAAGAUCAUGGGGGAAGUGAUGCACGCCCUACGGCAGACAUGGCACACCACCUGCUUUGUGUGCGCAGCCUGUGGGAAAGCCUUUGGAAACAGCCUCUUCCACAUGGAGGACGGCGAGCCGUACUGCGAGAAAGAUUACAUCGCGCUGUUCAGCACUAAGUGUCAUGGCUGCGACUUCCCAGUGGAAGCUGGCGAUAAAUUCAUCGAGGCUCUGGGUCACACCUGGCACGAUACCUGCUUCGUUUGUGCGGUCUGCCACGUGAACCUCGAGGGUCAGCCUUUCUACUCAAAGAAAGAUAAACCUCUGUGCAAGAAGCACGCUCACGCCAUCAACGUGUAAACCCGACGAAUCACGCCUCAUCACGCCACCAACAUGUGUGGAAACGCUGGGUUUUUUUCUUUUUUUGUGCAAAUUUCAAAUUUCUGCUGCCUGAUGAUUCUGCUUCAGAUCCAUCCGACCCGUCACAUCACGUACUGUGGUUUAUUUUUCUACCAGAAAAAGUGUGUGUGUGUGUGUGUGACUGCUGAGCUGCAGAAAUACAGGUGACUGUAGGGAGUCUGCAAGGUGCCAAAUUAAAUAUUAUAUUUUUUAGUGUUUAAUAAUAAUAAUCAAACUUAUAACAACAAAAAUAUUAAACUGGCUAAGCUAUGCAAUAAGGAUUAAAUAGAUAUUUAAGAAAGUCUAAAUAAUAAUAUUAUGACAGUAUAAAUAUUCUUCAGAUUGUUUUCUUUAUUGUUUGCUGUCUAACCCCAUCCUGUGAGAACGUGUCAUUUUCUGGUUUUCAAAAUUAUUUUUGUCCCAAAUUUUUAUAGUCAGGAAGAAGAAAUUCUUUCUAAUAAAUAUCAAAAACAGAGUGUUUGAAGUAUGUUUAUUUUUCUCUUAAACACGGGGUUAAAGUAGUGGGAUAUUUAGGGUUAAGAGGGUUAAGAGAGUUUUUUAAAUUAUUUUGAUAAAGUUAUUAUUUUUAUGAAAAAAAUGUUAGAAAUAAAAAUUAUUAUAAAGUUUUAUUAGUACUUUUUUUUGGUUUGGUUUGUAGUGUUUCAAAUAAAAUUUCAAGUUAACUUGUGAAUUAUUUCAUAUGAAUGAAAUUACAAAUUUAUUAUAAUUAAACAUUUUUUUUAAUGUGCUUCUUUUUUUUAGUGGCACUCUCGGGACUCCGUUUAUCUGAUAUUUUCACCAUUUUUUGGACUAUUUUUGGUAAUGUGCCUCUGUUGACUGUUUGAAUGCGACUUUAAUAUUUUUAUUUCCCUUUUAGACUAAAAUAAAAUGAUAUAAAAGUUUUUAUGAGGCAAUACGAAGUGAAACAACAGACUGCAGAGAAGCUGGAAAAUCUAUAAACAGCAGCAAAUUGGAGAUAAAAAAGACUGAAAAGUGUUUCUGGCGUUGAAACCUGUCGUCACUACUCCGACUCUGGGGGCGUGAACACAUGACAGGUGACACGUUUCUGUGGCCCCGCCUGAGCAGGUGAACCUCCAGAUGUUUUAAAUGUGAAAACCGCACAGAGAUACUGAGUGAGUGACGGUGAAACGUUAAACUGACCACAGAAGCUGUUGGGCUCCAAGUGCAGGUGUGCUUCUGCUCUCACGCCGCACUGAGGUGCAUUUGGACUUGUUUGUUCAGGUGAACCUGCUCAGGUGAGGCAGCUCUUCGACUUCACGUGCUUCGGGGGGAGAAAUAACCUUGAAUUUCAUAUUUAUUUGACAGUGUGAUCUUUAUUGAGACGCUAGUAUAUCGUCACUGCUGCCUGCAAAUGAUUAGUUAUUUGAUUCAUGUUUGUUUCAGAGCGUUUGGCAUCACGUGGUUAAGUUUGAGUACUGAUUUCAUGAUGAUUUAUGUGUGUGUGUGUUUUAACUACACUGUAAAUGUGAUAACCUUAGUCUGACUGUUAACAACACAUUGGCUCCGCCCACACUGCAGACCGUGAAUCCUCCCAAAUCUGAAAAAGAUUAGACUUUGUAUUUUCUUUCUUUUUUUUGUGACAUCAAACAUGUGGCUGCUCUCAUGGUUGUAAAACACAGAAUAAUCUUAUAUGUACUUAGAUCAUUACAGUUGGGGAAACGGACUCCAGUGAAGGUUUUUAAAAGCGUUUCUCUGUUAAUUUUCAUACGUUUUUAAUACAAAGACAGUUUUUAGCAGCCUCUCUUGGCCAUUAAAGGAACAUCAGCAAACCACAACUUAAUUCAGAUCUUUAAUUUGACUUGUUCUCUGCUAAGACCUAAUCAUUAAGCACAUAAAGACUUUUUUACAUUUUAAAAACUACGCCAUGGUUCAUGAUUAGGGAUGGGUAUCGUUUAGGUUUUAUCCGAUACC